CCUGAUUUACACUUAACCACAGCCUCAAGUUUCUUUCAACGCAUUGAGAACAGACCCAGGUUGGCGCCGCAAGAAGUUUUGCUGCUUUGCAUGCUUUGUUGAUUUUGCGGUCAUGCUCGAAACAAAUUAGGCUGCUUAAAGAAGAUUAUUUGUCCUAAAGCGCGACCUAGAAGCUUGGUCCUCUAGAAUCGCGCGCCUCCGCCGGCGGGCUCGUCGCACCUGGGUCGGAACGCUGCAAUAUGGGCAGUGGUCGAGAUAAACGCAAGAAGGCAAAGGAGCGCAAGGAUGGGCCUGUCGUGGGCGUAGGCACGGUCAAGACGGAGAAGAAGACCGCUAAGAAUGAGGCCAAGAAGGAGCGUCGCGCGGAUAAGCGACUAGAAGGCGAUGAGGAUGACAUAGACGCUCUACUGGCGCGCAUGGCCAUUGAGGAGAAGGCCAAGAAGGGCAGCCUGGAGGUCAGCACGGACGUGGAGCCGCCGGGCCCCCGGGUCAGCGCCUCGUUCCAGCCCUACAUCACGCCGCGUGGCUCGUUUCUGUUCCUGUUCGGCGGGGAGUAUGUGGACGUGUCCACGGAAAAGGUGAACGUGUACAAGGACCUGUACAGGUUCGAUGUGGAUAAGCGGAAAUGGUCCAAGAUUGACUCGCCAAACGGGCCGCCUCCUCGGUCAGCACACCAGGCGGUGAUUGUGAAGAACACCAUGCUGGUGUUUGGCGGUGAGUUUACCUCGCCCAACCAGGAGCGCUUCCACCACUACAAGGACCUGUGGCGGCUGGAUCUGACCACGUGGGAGUGGGACUGCUUGCCAGCCAAGGGCGGGCCCUCGGCGCGGUCGGGGCACCGCAUGGUGCUGCAGCCUCUCAAGAACCGCGUGCUGCUGUUCGGCGGCUUCUACGACACGGGGCGAGAGGUCAAGUACUACAACGACCUGUGGGAGCUGAACCUGGAGAGCAUGAAGUGGACCAGCCUGGGGCCGGCGGCGGGUGCCACUGCGCUGUGGCCCUCGCCGCGCUCCGGCUGUGGAAUGGCGGUGGUGGGCGACACGCUGUGGGUCUUUGGCGGCUACUCCAAGGCCAAGGACGACGAGGACCCGGACCUGGAGCACGGCAAGACCAUGGAGGACAUCUGGGCCUGCAACACCACCACAUGUCAGUGGGAGCGCGUCAAGAAGGUGGGCAUGGCCCCGGGCGCCCGCGCCUCCUUCGCGCUGUCGGCGCACGCGCACCCCAAGGCGGGGCCGCGCGCCUUUGUGUUCGGUGGCGUGUCGGACAAUGAGGCCAAGGGCGGCGAGGACCUGUCGUCCGAGUUCCACAACGACCUGUACACAUUUAACUUUGAGCGCCGCCGCUGGUUCGCCGCUGAGCUGCGGCCGCCUGCGGACGCAAAGGGCAAGAAGGCUGGGACAGCGGCAGAUGCGGAGUCGGGGACAGACGCGGCCGCAGCUGCUGCUUCCGACGGCGCAGCCGCCUCUACCUCCGCCGCCUCCGCGCCCGCCAGGUCUGCUCCGGCGCCUCCGGGCGUGUCCCAAGAGCAGGCGGACAAGCUGGCGGCCAUGACCUCAGACAAGAACAGCGCCCUGUACCGUGCGGCGGUCAAGAUCCAGGCCAGCUACCGCGGCUACAAGGUUCGCAAGGCCUACAUCGCCUACCGCAUUGGCGGUGUGGUGUCUGAGCUGCUGUACAGCCCCGCCACCUUCGGCCUGGACCUGUCCAGCCUCAACAUGCCCAAGCCCAGGGCGCGCAUCGGGGCGCUGAUGGCGGUGGUGGCCAACACGCUGUGGCUGCUGGGCGGCACCGUGGAGAUCGGCUCCAAGGAGAUUACGCUGGACGACAUGUGGUGCCUGGACGCAGUGAAGCUGGACGGCUGGCAGCUGAUCCGUGAGAACACGGUGGGCGAGGAGCUGCUGAAGAAGGCGGCGGAGGACAGCGAGUCGGAGUGGGAGGAGGCCAGCGGGGACGAGGACGGCAGCGAUGACAGCGACGACAGCGAGGAGGAGCGCGAGAAGGCCAAGAAGAAGUCGGGGCCGAGCAAGAAGUAGUUUGAGGUUGUUGGCGGUUGAUAGGGUACUGACGGUGGGCGGUGUGGUGGAUGUGGAUAUGGAGGCGGGGGCAGUCAGCAAAGCUGUUUGGUGCAGGCGCAGGAAUGACAGGACUGGCAGGACUGGCACAUGGCAGGACUGCGGGCGCAGGUGCAGGUGCAGGUCCAUGUGGUGAGGCGGACGGUGCAGGCGUGUGGGCUCGGAGCCACGGCUCCACCAGCUUUCCAGUGGUGACGGUUUGGUUGCCGCAUUGCCCAGGAAGCGCUGGUAGCUGCGAAAUGAGGGAGCGAUUCCACCUGGUCGAAGAUUGGGCGUGGGCACAGAGGCCCACCAUGCGGUCCACUCCCGCACCUGCUCUCAGAUCAGCAUAGACGUCACCAUCCUGUGAACGGAUUGCGUCUCCUGGAAGACAUCCCAUAUCCAGCUUCUGCCGUUCCCAACACUCAACAGUGGAGCAGAGCGUCAGGCGCGGGCAACCCAGAUGAGUGACCUGGGUCAGCAACGUUUAGCAAUCUUUAGAGUCGGUCGUCUCCGGCGGUCGACUUCUGAGCGUCAUGCUGAUGCGGCCAAGUAGUCGCCUACCCGAAAGUCGUGCAUAGGCCGCGCCACGCGCGAUGACUUGAAGCCAGUUGCAAUGUCAAAUCUACUGCGUUGAUCCGGCUCUCCUGGGUGUGCAAUACCUCCCUUGUAGGCAGAGCCUAGACCAGUGGAAUCGCGCCAUGUUGCCAAUAUUUAGCGUCAUCUGCCUAUAGUGCUUUGUCUGCAUGAAAAAGGCCGUCUGGGAGAUACGACAUAUAUGUGGCUCGAAAGCCGCAGUAUUGGCCACCCGAACUAAUUUAAGCAAUAUGAACUGUGAUUUAGGAUGCACAUACAGUGACGCGGACGAGUGGUGGGCUGGCUUGGGCAAUCGUGGUCGCUGGUCGGCAAAUUGCGUAGUGCGACUCAAAUUGAGCCAUACCUACUAUCAAUGUAUUCUUUAUAACUUCAUGUAUUGAUGGGCAUGUAGUGGAUGGCCGCGACAGAUAGAGCAUUCGGGCAUACAUGUCUGCAUACAUGUUACAAGGAACGGCGCCCAAAUAAGAGUCUUAGCAAACAGCACCUUCAUGAAUCAUAAUGGCAUACUUGGAUGUUGUUGGAGUUGCCGACGUCUAGCAAAAGGCCAUUCCAGCAAACUAUUGCGAGGAACAAUCCGACAUGGUGCGGGCCGCUAGGGGUUGGGGCCUGUAGGGGGCGACGCCGUGCCCCAUGUUAGAAGCGGGAUAGAGACACACUCCACAUAUUGUUGAUACAAGCCGCUGGGGAGGCUGGAAACUGUGAGGCUGUUGGGCUGACAGCAUUCGGGGCGAUGGGGUCAGGCAGUAACGGGCGUAGUCAUGGUCAUGCGUAUGAGGUAGGUCUGGGUAGGUGGCCAGCCGCCCCCCCUGACCACGCCACGACAGGACCACUUCUGGGAUUUUGCAGUGGCCAAAGCAGCGGUGGCACAAAUCAAUGCCAUGGAGCAUGGUCGGGUACGGCUGCGGGUGCUACUGCGGGUGCGUGUGCACGGGAUUGC